AUGACUUAUGUCAACAAAAGCAGUGUUACUGCCAUUGGCAUUGUCUUUCCGGUCCUUGUUAUGAUAUCGCUUGCUGCCCGAGCAUGCGGAUGGCGAAAAUAUUCCCGAAACCUCGAAAUUGAUGACAUUCUUAUUGUCCCAGCUGCCUUGCUUACCAUAGCUGCCGGUGCUGCCAUGGUAAUAGGGGCACAAAUGAACAUUAUUGGGGGACAUUCUGUUCCAGUAAUCACUCCUACAGAACAACACCAACUUGGAAAGUUCGAGUACGCUUUCUGGAUAGCCCAUGUGCUUGACAUCGGCUUCAUCAAAUUGGCGCUUUUGUUUUUGUUCCGCCGCAUAUUCAAAAGCAACGCCUUCAGAACCCCCUUUGACUAUGCCAACUGGACUCUUAUCAUUCUUGUCAUCCUCUGGACUGUAGUUUUCUUAUUCUUUGAAGUAUUUGCAUGCGGUGCAGACCCGUCCGUAAGCUGGUCCGACCUGUAUUCGCUGCGUCAAAAGUGUGUAGACACGUUCGCGAUGCAGACUGGCUGCGCAGUCUUCAGUUGGAUUAUGGAUCUUGCCAUUCUGGUCGAGCCGCUUUUCAUGAUAGCACCGCUAAAGAUGAGCUUUCGGAAGAAGCUCCAAGUGUGCCUUGUCUUUUUUUGCAGUAUUUUCGCUGUGGUUGCAGGGCUUUUGAGAAUGAUUGUUUGGAUUCAGAUAGAAGUCCAGGGCACUACGAACCCGCAAACGAAGGUUCUUGAUACAGUUCUGCCAUCGGUUGAUCAAGAAGGCAUCGUCUCCAUCAUCCUCUUCUGGACGUAUGUCGAGAUCGGUGUGGGGUUCCAAGUCGCUUGUCUUCCUCCUUGCGCUCGGCAUCUCGAUAAACUGUCCCUUAGUCGCCUGAUGAUCAAACUUGGCUCGCUUCCAUCAGUUCUUUCCAUAUCCAAGAGGAGCCCAGACUCAAAUAGACAUUUGACGUCAAGCUACAAGCCCCAGAAAUCACGUUCUGACGAUGAGAUCGAGCUAUACAAGAUUCCGGGUCCGAAUCAAGUCUGA